AUGUAUACGUGGUCACGUAACCACAACCCAAACCUAGUGAAGUUCCCAAAGCCAAAAAACUACAACAUGAGGAAGUUUCUUCUGAUUUUCCUGUUCUUGGAAAUUCUUAACCCUGAAGCACAAUAUUCCAAUGCCCACCCAUUUGACUACUUAGAACUAGCCUUAAGAUGGCCAAACUCCUAUUGCGUCACACAUGAAGGUGGUUGCAGACAAAUAGUUCCCCAAUAUUUCACCAUUAGCUAUCUUCGUCCAAUGAAAAGGGAUGGCCCAGAUAUGCAGUAUUGCCCCACUCCAACUUCUCUGCAAAAUACUACUAUCGAGACAAAUAAAAAUGACCUACUCCUAUUCUGGCCUGAUCUGAGCACUGACAAUUUCAUAGAGAGCAAGUCAUUAUGGAGGGACCAAUGGAAGAAGUUUGGAUCCUGCUAUAACAUGAUGCCAGAUGACUAUUUUACGUAUGCACUCAACAAUAGAAAGAGAAAUGACCUGAAGAGAAUCUUGACAAAUGCAGGUAUUGUUGCCAGGGGAAAUUCAUAUCCAUCGCAUAGGAUAUUAGGCACUUUCAGAAGAACUCUAGGUGUGAAUGUGAACAUUGUGUGUGAACCAGAUAGAAGUGGCAAUUUUUAUCUUGCUGAGGUUCAUCAGUGUAUUGAUGUUUCUGGAACAAUUCCUAUAGACUGUGAAAAUAAAGCAAGAGGAUGUGACGACGACCCCAUAUUUCCCUAUACGGGAUUCCAACCAGAUAACAACCCCAAAUAA